CCGCCCGGCCGCGCUCUGCCCGAGCCAAUCACAAGGCCGGAAGGGGCGGGCCCUAGGGUACGUGGCUCAACGCGCGCGGUGGGAGGGGAGGUUCGGGGUCAAGGAGCAAAACCGGCACAAGAUGGCGGCGGUAGCGGUGGCGGCGCAUAGGAGGCGGUCUUGGGCAGGUUUGGUACUGGCUUGUUUAGGGGUCUGCCUGGGGAUUACCCUUGCUGUGGAUAGAAGCAACUUUAAGACCUGUGAAGAGAGUUCCUUUUGCAGGCGGCAGCGAAGCAUACGGCCAGGCCUCUCUCCAUACCGAGCCUUGCUGGACUCUCUGCAGCUUGGUCCUGAUUCCGUCACAGUCCAUCUGAUCCAUGAGGUCACCAAGGUGUUGCUGGUGCUGGAGCUCCAGGGACUUCAAAAGAACAUGACUCGAAUCAGGAUUGAUGAGCUAGAGCCCCGGAGACUCCGAUACCGCGUGCCAGAUGCUUUGGUGGCUGAUCCCCCCACAGCUCGGCUUUCUGUCUCUGGCCGUGAUGACAACAGUGUGGAGCUAACGGUGGCCGAGGGACCCUACAAGAUCAUCUUGACAGCGCGGCCAUUCCGCCUUGACCUACUAGAGGACCGCAGCCUUUUGCUCAGUGUUAAUGCACGAGGACUCUUGGAUUUUGAGCACCAGAGGGCUCCCAGGGUCUCUUUCUCAGAUAAAGUUAGUCUCACGCUCGGUAGCAUGUGGGAUAAGAUCAAGAGCCUUUUCUCUAGGCAAGGAUCAAAAGACCCAGCUGAGGGCGAUGGGGCCCAGCCCGAGGAAACACCUGGGGAUGGUGACAAGCCAGAGGAGACCCAGGGGAAGGCAGAGAAAGAUGAGCCAGGAGCCUGGGAGGAGACGUUCAAAACACACUCUGACAGCAAGCCGUAUGGCCCCAUGUCUGUGGGUUUGGACUUCUCUCUGCCAGGCAUGGAGCAUGUGUAUGGGAUCCCUGAGCAUGCAGACAACCUGAGGCUGAAGGUUACUGAGGGCGGGGAGCCGUAUCGCCUCUAUAAUUUGGAUGUGUUCCAGUAUGAGCUGUAUAACCGUAUGGCCCUGUAUGGGUCUGUGCCUGUGCUCCUGGCACACAACCCUCAUCGUGACUUGGGCAUCUUCUGGCUCAAUGCUGCAGAGACCUGGGUUGAUAUAUCCUCCAACACUGCAGGGAAGACCCUGUUUGGGAAGAUGCUGGACUACCUACAGGGUUCUGGGGAGACCCCACAGACAGAUGUUCGCUGGAUGUCAGAGACUGGCAUUAUUGAUGUCUUCCUGCUACUUGGGCCCUCCAUCUCUGAUGUCUUCCGGCAGUAUGCUAGUCUCACAGGGACCCAGGCAUUGCCCCCGCUCUUCUCCCUGGGCUACCACCAGAGCCGCUGGAACUACCGCGAUGAGGCUGAUGUGCUGGAAGUGGAUCAAGGAUUUGAUGAUCACGGCCUUCCCUGCGAUGUCAUCUGGCUGGACAUUGAACAUGCUGAUGGCAAGCGGUACUUCACCUGGGAUCCUAGCCGUUUCCCUCAGCCCCGCACCAUGCUUGAGCACUUGGCCUCCAAGAGGCGGAAGCUGGUGACCAUUGUGGACCCCCACAUCAAGGUGGACUCUGGCUACCGAGUUCAUGAAGAGCUGCGGAACCUAGGGCUGUACAUUAAAACGCGGGAUGGUUCUGACUAUGAGGGCUGGUGCUGGCCAGGCUCAGCUAGUUACCCUGACUUCACCAAUCCUACCAUGAGGGCCUGGUGGGCAAACAUGUUCAGCUAUGACAAUUACGAGGGCUCAGCUCCCAACCUUUAUGUCUGGAAUGACAUGAAUGAACCAUCUGUGUUCAACGGUCCUGAGGUCACCAUGCUCAAGGAUGCCCAGCAUUAUGGGGGUUGGGAGCAUCGGGACCUGCAUAACAUCUAUGGCCUCUAUGUGCACAUGGCAACAGCUGAUGGGUUGACACUGCGCUCUGGGGGCAUAGAACGCCCCUUUGUCCUGAGCAGGGCUUUCUUUGCUGGCUCCCAGCGCUUUGGAGCCGUGUGGACAGGGGACAACACUGCUGAGUGGGACCAUUUGAAAAUCUCUAUCCCUAUGUGUCUCAGCUUGGGGCUGGUGGGACUUUCCUUCUGUGGGGCGGAUGUGGGUGGCUUCUUCAAAAACCCAGAGCCAGAGCUGCUUGUACGCUGGUACCAGAUGGGUGCUUAUCAGCCAUUCUUCCGAGCACAUGCCCACUUGGACACUGGGCGACGAGAGCCGUGGCUGUUACCAUCUCAGCACCGUGACAUAAUCCGAGAUGCCUUGGGCCAGCGGUAUUCCCUGCUGCCCUUCUGGUACACCCUCUUCUAUCAGGCCCAUCGUGAAGGCAUUCCUAUUAUGAGGCCCCUAUGGGUGCAGUAUCCUCAGGAUGUGACGACCUUCAGUAUAGAUGAUCAGUUCCUGCUUGGGGAUGCAUUGCUGGUUCACCCUGUAUCAGACUCCGGGGCCCAUGGUGUACAGGUCUAUCUGCCUGGCCAAGGGGAGGUGUGGUAUGACGUUCAAAGCUACCAGAAGCAUUAUGGUCCCCAGACUCUGUACCUUCCUGUAACUCUAAGCAGUAUACCUGUGUUCCAACGUGGUGGGACAAUUGUGCCUCGAUGGAUGCGAGUUCGGCGUUCUUCAGACUGUAUGAAGGAUGACCCCAUCACUCUCUUUGUUGCACUCAGCCCCCAGGGUACAGCCCAAGGAGAGCUCUUUCUGGAUGAUGGGCACACGUUCAGAUAUCAGACUCACCAUGAAUUCCUACUGCGUCGAUUCUCAUUCUCUGGCAACACCCUCGUCUCCAGCUCAGCAGACCCCAAAGGCCACUUUGAGACACCAAUCUGGAUUGAGCGGGUGGUGAUAAUAGGGGCUGGAAAGCCAGCAGCUGUGGUACUCCAGACAAAAGGAUCUCCAGAAAGCCGCCUGUCCUUCCAGCAUGACCCUGAGACCUCUGUGUUGACCCUGCGCAAGCCUGGUGUCAAUGUGGCAUCUGACUGGAGUAUUUACCUGCGAUAACCCAAAGGAUGUUCUGGGUUGUGGGGAGGGGAGCGGUGGUGGUGAGAGUUACUCUUUCUUCUGCCUUGGAGUUUGACUCUCCCCAGACUUCACCUUUCUUAUCCCAAGACCCAGAUUCUGCCAACAUUUGGGCAAGAUGAGAGGGCUGACCCUGGGUUCCAAAUUCCUUUUGUAAUCUGACCUCUCCCACUCCUUUGAUACCAAGCCUUUUCCCUCCAUGUGCCCAACCUCAUCCUGUUGCUCUAAUUGGAGCACAUUCACUUGUGAAGACCUGAGGACCAUAGGGCCCUUACCACCUCUUCUCUUUCCCUUCUUUGGGGGCCCUGAAUCUCCCCCAGACCCUAUCCAUUCAUGCCUCUUGUGUGUUAAUGCCAUUUCUUGGAAGAAGAUGAGGGCAGUUAGCUUUAGGGCUCCUUUUCUCCUUUUUCUUCUCUCCCCACCGGAACUGCUCUCCCUCCUUUUAUUUCUUCCUCCUGGCUGUACUCUGUCAGUCCUCCCCAUUCUAUACCCCACUGAUACACUGGGACCACCCCUUACCUGGUAAGGGAUGAGUGGAUCAAAGGAGUGGGGUUGCUGGAGAACCUUUUCCCUCUCAUUUCAACCUUUUCCCCUCCCCAAUUCCUUCUAGAGCUGCUGCAGUUCUGACAGGGGCAAUUCUGCCUCCCCUGUCCAUUGGGGGAAAGAAGUUUCCACCCUUCCUUCAGAGGGGAUGGGCAUUAAACUUCCUUUGCUCCCUUCUUGUCCCCUUUGAGGGGCAUUCAAGAUGGAGAAAUCAGUUGUGGUUUCAUUGAAUCAUGGUUACCUGUAUUUAUUGCUGGGAGAAGGCUGGGGGUGGGGGGAGAUGAUCAUGUGUGCCUAGGGUUGGCCUGAAGCCCUGGGUGAGGAGUGGGGAGGACUAAUGGGGAACUAGGGGGAAUAUUUGGGGGAUUUUUUUUUUUACUUCCUCUUGGCCCCCAGCUGUGACAGGUUUUGAUAAAAGGAGAAACAAUAAAGGGAUAAACUAUAAAUAA